AUGGAGAGGAUAUUCCAAGCGAUCCAGUGUAAUGAAGAAGAGAAAGUGAUCUUCGCUACGCAAAAGAUGAAAGGACCGGCUCUUAGGUGGUGGAAUACCGCAUCUACCUAUUUCACUACCCAAGAGAUUCCUAAGGACUGGCAUCAUUUCAAGGCGGAAUUUCUAGAAAAGUAUUUUCCUAACAGUGUUCGGACCCAAAGAGAAAGAGAGUUCCAGAACUUCAAGCAAGGCAACUUGUCUGUUUCUGAGUAUGCUGAGAAGUUUGAAGACAUGGCUGAUUACUCGCGACAAGCUGUUUAUGCUCCUGAUGAGUUAUGGAAGAUUGAUCACUUGAAAAAGGUUCAAGAAGAGAGGAACCAAAACAGGACUAAUUUUAGAGAACAAGGGAGAUCUGCUCAAUACUUAAAGCCCCGCAAUUCUCCAUCAAAGAAGAAACAAGGCCCUGGUGACCAAUCCUCUCGACCUCCUUUUUGUGACAAGUGUAAGAGGAAGCAUACCGGAGAUUGCAGAUUCACUCCAGUUACUUGUUUCGAAUGUGGCGAGCAGGGUCACAUCUCUCCACGUUGUCCUAGAAAGAAGAGGGCUCCUGAGACGACUACAGGUCGUGUGUACACCUUAGAUGCGAGGAAGGCUAAGGGGAACAACAAUCUCAUUGCGGGUACGUGUUAUGUAAACAACCAGCCUUUAUGUGUUUUAGUUGAUUGUGGAGCUACUCAUUCCUUUAUCUCAACCGAAUGUGUUUCUCGACUUGGUUUGGAAGUUACUCCAUUACCUGAUCCUAUGGUCAUUUCUUCGGCGGCCGAUGAUACGGUGGAAGCUCGACUGAUUUGUAAAGAUUGUUUAGUAUCUUUUAAUGGUCGUGAUUUUCCGAUCGAUCUAAUUUGUUUACCUCUCAAGAGACUUGAAGUCAUUCUACGGAUGGAUUGGUUGUCUCUUAAUUCGGUGUAUAUCGGUUGCAAGGAGAAGUCCAUAUUUAUUCCUGCAGAAGAGACUUCUUCCGAUGAUGCAAUUACCAAGUUGAUAGAAGGUACGAUCAGCGCGGUCAAUUAUCUCUUUUCCCAAGAAAGAUCUUUUCUUUUAGUUCUUUCCAAGGAACCUUCUGUAAGAUUGGUAUUGUCAGAGAUUCCAGUGGUGUGCGAAUUUCCUGAUGUGUUUCCUGAGGAUAUCAUUUGA